GCCUUCAGAGCACCGAGAAGCGAACUACGGCGCGGAGUAUAUAAUCCUGCAAUCGUCUUCACUCAUCACAGUCAUUCGUUCGGCUUCGUACAGCGAAUAUCUAAUUCACAUUUUCAAAAUGAAAUUGUUCGUAGUCGCAGCCAUCCUCGGAGUGUGCGCCGCCGGGCGUUUGGAGAACACCUACCUGCCUCCUGGCAGCAGUGGCUCUGGAUUUGGCCAAGGAGGCGCUGGAGGCUUCGGCCACGCCGCGGCUGGUGCAGGUGGCCACGCUGGUGGCUUUGGACAGAGAGGCUCGGCUGGUUUCGGCCAAGGCGGAGCUGGAGGUUUCGGAGGCGCUAGCCACGGAGGAUUCGGCCAAGGAGGCGCUAGCCACGGAGGAUUUGGUCAAGGAGGCGCUGGCCACGGAGGAUUUGGUCAAGGAGGCGCUGGCCACGGAGGUUUUGGCCAAGCCGGCGCUGGCGCUGGUGGUUUCGGACAAACCCAACACGGCGGCAACCUCUACAACUCCGGCGGCUUCCAGCAGUCAUACAGCCAGCAAAGCUCCCGUCCCCAAGACGCUGGUGCCCAAAUCCUGAGGUCCAACAGCGAGGUCACCGCUGAAGGCUUCUCUUACGACUUCGAGACCUCCAACGGCAUCCGCGCUGACGCUCAAGGCGUGGCCACUAAUGGAGUCCAGUCUCAGGGUAGCUUCGGAUACAAGGGUGAUGAUGGCCAGGACUACAGCAUCUCGUACACCGCUGAUGAGAACGGAUACCGCCCCCAGGGUGCCCAUCUUCCCACCCCUCCCCCCAUCCCGGAGGAGAUCCUGAAGUCUCUGGAACAGAACGCCCGUGAUGAGGCUGCUGGCAUCUCUGACGAUGGCUCAUACCACGGCGAGGGCGCUGGCUCCGGCUCCGGCUACUCUGGCAACCAAUACCAGCAACCAUCCGGCCAGUACGGCGCUCCCAGCCGAACCUUCCAGCAGCCCAAGAACUUCGGCGGCUCCUCGGGUAACUUCGGUGGCUCUUCUGGUAGCUUCGGUGGCUCUUCCAACUUCGGUGGUUCUUCCUUCGGUGGUGCCGCUUCCCGCCAAUACCUGGCCCCCAAGGCUGGCCCUAAUGGCUCAGGAAACUUCAACUCUAGGACCGGAUACCAAUAUUAGGAGCUCAAGACAAAUGGAUACUGAUGAGUUAAAACCAAACUAACAAUAAUUAGAUCUUAUGUCAAUGGAAUAAGGUUUUCGAAUGGUCAAUUUAUUGUAUCAAUGAUGUUGAUGAUAUUCUAUGUACAGAUGUAGUGCAUAAUUAUUUUCCAUCGUAUUUUCACGGUAACUUACGAAUGUGUCUUGCUAUUUCAGUCAGUCUCGGUAGUCUCGUACUGACAUUGACUGAACUAGAAAUACGAUGGAAAACAAUUAUGUAAAUUAUGCAGUACAUCUGUAACCAUCUUUGAUUUGUCAGUUUUGUUGUGUCAUAUUGUAUAGAAUUUGCAUUGAUUGUGAUUUGUAUCUACUGAUUUGCCGUCGGCCGAAUUAGCAAAAUUUUCACAUUUAUAAGUUUUGGAAAUGUCUCAUAUUUUGUAUGGGGGUCGAAAUUUUCCAUUUCCAUGAAAUUUUCCAAUUGCACCUCUGUACUUGUAUCCCACUGUUUUUUUUCAUUAUAUAGCUUUUUUGUAUCUGAUGUUGUAUAGAUUUUGUCAUCCAUAUUGACACUUAUUUAAUAUUCGCUUCUUUCUGUAUCAUCAUUAGAGUUAAUUAUUAUAUAUAAUGGACAAAGCUGUGAACUAUUGAUGUGAUUUAUAAUAAUAUAAGAAUUAUUACUACUGUUGCCAUUAACUAUUUCUUCUAACUAAUAUGAUCUCAAUCUUUCGACAAUUCUGUAUCAAAAAUAAAUUUCUACUGUUGUGAAAAUAGUCGUAAGUUAAUACAUAUACUCAAAUGGACAGUAAUAUAUUUAAGAAAAUGACAAAAAAAUGUUUGUAUUGUAAAUGUAAGUCAUUGUAAAUAUCGAACACAAUAAACGAAGGUUGAACCUCAGAUUUGUAAAAA